UCUGGAAGUACAUAUUUGGACGUCGGUUGUGGCGGGAAAUUGCUUCGGUUGGGCUUUCCGGUUAAGACCCUGCGGCGAGGAAGGUCCGAAUGAAAGCCUCACGUUGUAAGGCAAGGUGGCUUAUCCUCAGCAGAAGCGCCAGUGUUUUUCAAAGUGAGAUACUGGCGUCAGCAACAUCAAAAUCACCGGCACCCAAGGUAAAAAUGUCGAUUCGGUCCCAUCGCGUCCCUAAAGAAUUUGAGUUGGGGGUGAGGCUGGUAGGCUUGGCUCCUUAAGGGACGACGGUAACGCCCGUGUCCCCCCUCCCCCCCGGCCAGCUGGGAUCUGAGCGCCCGCCGGCGCCGCCCGGGCUCCGCCCCUCCCACUCCCUCCCACCCCCGCCUCCCGCCGCAAUCUUGGCGGGAAGACGCCAGCUGUUAAGCAGCGGAAAGAUGUCCGGGUCGCGCGCGGUGGCUGAGAAGGCUGGCUCCAGACAGCGACUCCAGGUGAAGGUGAAUGAAUAUAAAGAAAACCAAAACAUUGAUUUUGUAUCUCCAAGGCCAGUACAGACUACAGUUUUAGGAAAAACAGCUAAGGUGUGUCUUGUCCCCUUUUCACUCAGUAAUUACAAACCAGACCAACUUAAGUGCCCCAAAUCCCUCUUAGAUAAGAAUUCUAACAAUGAAGUGGCGUGUAAGAAAUGUAAGAAGAUUGAAAUAAAGAAAACUUGCAGAAGAAUUUUAACUCCAAAGAUGGAAGCCACAUCUUCCAAGGCAGAAUCCACUCUGCAAAAAUCAUCCUUAGAUGUUCAUACUGAAAGUAACAAGCAAGGACACAAGAGCACUUCAGAUACAGUGAUUCUCAGUGUUGAUAUGGAAAGCAGUCAGGAUGGAGACAGUGAUGAAGAUACCACACCAGGCCCGGAUGAUUUUUCAGGAUUGUCACCGUAUGAAAGGAAGAGACUGAAGAACAUAUCAGAAAAUGCAAACUUUUUUGCUUCUCUUCAGUUGUCUGAGUCAGCUGCAAGGCUCCGUGAAAUGAUAAAGAAGAAACAGCCUCCUGAAUCCAAAAGAAAGAAGCCUAAGAAGAGAGAAAAUGGAAUUGGAUGUAGAAGGUCAAUGCGAUUACUAAAAGUAGAUCCUUCAGGAGUUUCAUUACCAGCAAUCCCAACCAAGCCAACAUUAUUAGUAACAGAUGAAAAUCCUUUGUUACCUCCUGGGCCUUUAGAAAUGACUCCUGAAAAUCGAGAUGAUAACAGUGAACUAUUUAAAGGAUUUCUGCAGACUUGGGCAGAAGUGAACAAGACAAAUAGUAAGAACACUGAGGAGUUAUCUAGCAUUAAAAGCUACAAAGCCAAUUUAAGUGGCAUGGUCAUCAGUGAAGAUACUGUUAAUAAAGUUACCAAAGGCUCAAUAUUGUCUAUAGCUAUUCACCCAUCAGAAAUUAGAACUUUGGUGGCAGCUGGGGCCAAAUCUGGCCAAGUUGGACUUUGGGAUUUGACUCAACAACCUAAAGAAGAUGGAGUUUAUGUUUUUCAACCCCAUAGUCAGCCAGUUAGCUGUCUUUACUUCUCACCUGCCAAUCCGGCUCAUAUACUGUCACUGAGCUAUGAUGGCACGUUACGCUGUGGGGAUUUUUCCAGGGCUGUUUUUGACGAGGUGUACAGAGACGAAAGAAGUAGCUUUUCCUCCUUUGACUUCUUGGCAGAAGAUGCCUCCACUUUAAUAGUAGGACACUGGGAUGGAAGUUUGUCAUUGGUGGAUAAACGGACACCUGGAACUUCUUAUGAGAAACUUAUCAGUUCUUCUUUGAGAAAAAUAAGAACUGUUCAUGUCCAUCCAGUGCAUAGACAGUAUUUCAUCACUGCAGGAUUGAGGGAUAUUCAUAUUUAUGAUGCAAGGCGCCUGACUCCCAGAGGAAACCAGCCUUUGAUUUCUUUGACUGAACACACAAAGAGCAUCGCUUCUGCCUAUUUUUCACCUCUUACUGGCAACAGAGUAGUGACCACAUGUGCUGAUUGUAAGCUGAGAAUCUUUGACACCAGCCGUAUAUCCUCUCAGAUUCCUCUCCUCACCACCAUCAGGCACAACACCAUCACUGGGCGAUGGCUGACCAGGUUCCGAGCUGUGUGGGACCCUAAACAAGAAGACUGUGUCAUAGUUGGCAGCAUGGCCCAUCCACGACGAGUGGAAAUCUUCCAUGAGACAGGAAAGCAGGUGCAUUCUUUUCUUGGUGGAGAAUGCCUUGCCUCUGUGUGUUCCAUUAAUGCUAUGCACCCAAGUCAGUAUGUUUUGGCUGGAGGUAAUUCCAGUGGGAAGAUACAUGUUUUUAUGAAUUAAGAAAGUUGUUGAGUUAAAAGUUUAGCAACAUCAAUUUGUUCAAAUUAAUCAGUGUCUAAGGAGCCUAGUAAUUUGUGUGGCUUAGUCUGUUUACUUGGUAAUAUGUUCUAUUUAGCAAAUAUAAAAUUGCUUUAUUAAUAAGAACUAUGAGCAGAAUGUACUUUGAGUAAGGGAGAAGGCUUGGAGGUUGUUUCUGCAGGAUGGGGAGGGAAUUUAAGGGGAGACUGUGAUGCCUUCAGCACUUUUAAUCUGGCAAUAUGUUGAGAAAUUAUAACAUAAAUUAUAAAGCUUUGAAUUCUCAGUAUUAAAAGUUUUGUGGUCCUGUGAUAUGGUUGUGAUUCUAUAGUGAUAUAAAGAUUUGUAGUUUAUUUUAUAGUUUGGAGUGAAUAUUUAUUUCUAGACUCACACUGGAAGGGGUCCUGAAAGGUCCUCUAACUCAUUGAUUUUGUAACUUUUUAUUUUUUUAACCAAGAACUGUUUUUUCCCCCUGCCUCUCCAUUAAAUCUUAUGUGAAAUCUCAAGAUAAUUGCUGAGAAGCUUUGGUUCACUUGGGCAGGGCCUGGGUCUGUGUGUGCUGACCCUUUCCUUUCCCCCUCCUCCGGAUGGUUCCUGAGACACAGCCCAGGAAUCCCAGGGCUCCUAGGCACAGGGUUUGGAUCUACUGGAUCCCUGAAAUCCAGUGUGAGAUUGCCUCAGGCCAGUGUUUUCCAGACUAUGGGUUGUAGCUAUUCACACAAAAUCAGUUCAGUGGCCCUGACCAGCAUUUAAAAA